CGCCUGCGCGAGGUAUUGGCGCCAAGAUGGCGAUGGAGAUGAGGCUUCCCGUCGCUCGGAAGCCGCUUAGCGAAAGCCUGGGCGGCGACUCGAAGAAACAUCUGGUGGUCCCGGGGGACACAAUCACCACAGACACUGGCUUCAUGCGGGGCCACGGGACUUACAUGGGGGAAGAGAAGCUCAUCGCGUCUGUGGCUGGUUCUGUGGAGAGAGUAAACAAGCUGAUCUGUGUGAAAGCUUUGAAAACCAGGUACAACGGUGAAGUAGGAGACAUCGUGGUGGGAAGAAUCACGGAGGUUCAGCAGAAGAGGUGGAAGGUGGAGACCAACUCCCGGCUGGAUUCAGUCUUGCUCCUCUCGUCCAUGAACCUUCCUGGUGGGGAGCUGAGGAGAAGAUCCGCAGAGGACGAGCUGGCCAUGAGGGGCUUCUUGCAGGAAGGGGACCUCAUCAGCGCUGAGGUCCAGGCGGUGUUCUCGGACGGGGCGGUCUCCCUGCACACGAGGAGCCUCAAGUAUGGAAAACUCGGCCAGGGUGUUCUGGUCCAAGUGUCUCCCUCCCUGGUGAAACGGCAGAAGACUCACUUCCACGACUUGCCGUGUGGUGCCUCGGUGAUUCUGGGUAACAACGGCUUCAUCUGGAUCUACCCAACGCCUGAACACAAAGAAGAGGAUGCCGGGGGCUUCGUCGCCAACCUGGAGCCUGUGUCCCUGGCCGACCGAGAGGUGAUCUCGCGGCUCCGGAACUGCAUCGUCUCACUGGUCGCCCAGAGGAUGAUGCUGUAUGACACCAGUAUCCUGUACUGCUACGAGGCCUCCCUUCCUCACCAGAUCAAAGACAUCACAAAGCCAGAAAUAAUGGAGGAAAUUGUAAUGGAAACACGCCAGAGGCUUUUAGAACAGGAGGGCUGAGGAGCAGCGUCUGUAGGACUGGACUGGACUGCCCUGGGUGCUGGCUGGGGCCUGGCUGAGGGUGUGAUCUCCGGUCCCACCGGCAGCUCUGUGACACCUUCCACACUCCUCACUGGCCCCUGGCCGCUACCUCUGGGCCAUAGCCCUGCUUCUCCUGUUAUCAGGCCCAGCUCGGGGACACGACAGUGCUUCCAGCCCCUGGGCCUGUCCGUGGUCUCUGCCCUAGGGGGCUCACAGGAAACGUCCAGAGUGAUUCUCAUCCUGGACUUAACGAGAGCCUUCGUUUGCUACUCAGCGAUCAUGACACACACCUGUGGAGUUGCCCCUGUAAAAUCCACAGUCUCUCUUGACCCCCCUGUUUCGGCCUCCAUCUCUACCUCUCCAGCACAAGUAUGACUUGAAAGAAGACGAUGGCUGAAGGAAGGCCAGCAGCCACAUGGCAGGCUGAGGUGGCCCAGGCAGCCUUGCUUGUGGGGCUUGGUGGGCCCUGUGGCCAGACACCAGGUGCCAUAGCCUGUGCUGCUCUUGAGGGCAGCUUGUAAGAAGUUGAAUCACCUCCUGGGGAUGGUUUGGGGUGCUGUGAUAAACAUGAGAAAGAAAAAAUGAAACGCUGUUUUCCUCCUGUACUUAAAAGGAUAACACGGUAACUAACUUUUGAAAAACCCAGGGCUAAAAGUAAUAGAAACAAGACACUGAAGCUCUCCGUGAGGAAUGCAGCUGUCCGUGUUGUCUUCAGACAGUAUCUGAAAGCAGGGCCCUGAUUUAGUUUUGGGAAAUGUUUUUUACAGGCAGGUUUGACUCCUCUGUGGUGCUCUUUCCUGUCCAAGUGUGGCACUACUGUCACUGUUCCUGUUCCAUCCUGUGGCACUGGGGGUGGAGCCUCAGGGUGGCGACACCUAGCUGUGUCAAGUUCUUAAGUACAGCUCAGUGUGGUUCUUGUCUUUGUAACAUUUCUCAACACAGCUCAUCUUGUGCUUAUUUUCUCGCAAAUGUGCCGCAGGUAACAAGUUCACUAGUCAUUUUUGAGAAUACAUUCCAGGCGCUCUGCCUCUUGCGGGAGGGAGCUGGGAAGCCAGCAUAAAGCCCUAGUUAGUUAGGUUUCCCCACGGCUGUAUGUUAGCCCCCCAGCCCCGCUGAGAGCAUUUACUCCCUCCUGAGCUGCCAGUGAGGUUGGGAUAAAUCCCCUGUGAAGCUCUGAAGGCCCCUUUGAGACACUAGCAGUACUCUCGGAGGCCCGCUAGGGGGAGGUGGUGACCGUGCAAUUCCAGUAGUGGUCAAACUAACUACUGAAAGCCCUGCAGCAACAUGGGUUACUUUGCUUGGUAAAAGUGAGGACAAGAUUAGACUGAACUGCAUCACUUAAGAUGAAAAGAAUAUAUGGAGUUAAAAUGAUUUAAUUAAACAU